AUGGCGGGGACAAGUGCAAUCUCGGUCGCGCACUUUACCGAGCACUUCCGCCUGGCAUGGUCGGGGGUAAGAGGCAUUGCCCCUCAUGGCCUUCAAAGUGUGGCAGGGGACGUGGUUCACCUACCGCGACGGAUUGGUCUUGCCGUCAGUGGUGGUGCGGAUUCCAUGGCCCUUGCUUACUUGUGCCGGCAGCUGGAACUAACACCCAUCGGUGGACCCAUUUCCGUUACUGCCUUUGUAGUUGACCAUCGCGCUCGACCUGAGAGCGGCGAUGAAGCAAAGUCCGUAAGCACAUGGUUAUCAAAUAUGGGUAUCAAGACCCAAGUUCUCAAAUUGGACUGGUCGCCGUACUCAAAGGAUUUGGAAAAGUCUACGCAAAAUAAUGCAAAGGUACCAAUGCCAAGUGCCUUUGAAACGCAUGCCCGACGGCUACGAUAUCAAGCCCUUGGCACAGCCUGUCGCAGCAAAGGGAUCAAUGCCCUACUCAUGGGUCAUCACCGAGAUGAUUCCAUCGAGACAACCAUUUGGCGUCUAGCAACAGGUGCUCGCCGCGCCGGUCUCGGUGGUAUUCAAAGCAUAGCUCGUAUUCCAGAAUGCCACGGUCUCUUCGGAGUCUCCGAAAGCGGUUCAUCAGUCCUACUACCCGAGCCCGAGUCUGCUGCUGCUCAAGUCACAGAGAAAACUGCAGUUCAACCAGCCCGGUCUUUUCAAAAAGCAACCCUAUUAGAUUCGAGGGGAUCAGCCAUCGCAACGGGUGGAAUAUUCCUUUGUCGACCCCUUAUCUCUUUCUCCAAAGCCCGACUGCUAGAGACUUGCCACCAAAAUAAUAUUCCCUAUGUCUCAGACCCGACUAAUUUCGAUCCGACCUUAACUCCUCGGAAUGCGAUUCGCAGCAUGCUGGCAUCCAACUCUCUACCUCGUGCACUUCAGGGACCCCGGAUCCUCUCUCUUAUCCGUUCCAGCCGGGAUCUCCUACAGAUAUCAUCAAGUCUGUCAGACCAGCUCCUUGCAUCGAGAUGCCGAAUCCUCGAUAUAAAUCUCAGAUCGGGCACAAUGACUAUUCAGUUCAGAAAGAUUCCUACAUGGAUGGAUCCGCUAUUAGUUCAGACUUCCCCCGAACGAGCCCGGCAAAUCCAGGCUCUUACGCUCCGGCGCAUAACGGAGCUGGUCUCCCCAUUCCCAGGAAACCAUUUUUCACUACGCAGCUUUGCGCCAUUCGUUUCUCGCAUGUUCGGCUCCGCUGAAGAGAAAGAUAUCCAGGACACUUCGCCGAAGCAGUUCACACUAGGGGGUGUGAUGUUCACGCCUGUGUCUUCAUCAUCUGGCAAUACAUGGCUUUUUUCACGUCAGCCGUUCAUGAAGAACCGAUCACCUGUCACCUCUAUGGAAGUCUUUUUGCCGAAACCGGCUGAACUAGUCUCAAAUCCCCGGCCAAAAUACUCCCAGUGGACACUCUGGGACGACCGAUACUGGCUCCGCCUCUCUAUUGCGCCGCGAGGCAAACAUCAAGCAGAUUCUGAAGACAAGGCCUGCCAAGAGAGUGUUUCUUUCACGAUAAGACCGCUCCAGGAACCUGAUUUCCAGACUUUGCGCAACGAACCAAUCAAAAAAGGACGCAAGAAUAUUCCUCCUGGAGUCCUUGUGACGCAGUUGCGCAAAUUUUUGUCCGGCCAGGCCCCAGGUCCAACCCGAUAUACACUUCCUGUUUUGUUGCAAGAACAAUCGAAUGCUUCCGACCUACCAGAAACUCAGGAAGUCGGCAAGUUAUUGGCAUUGCCGGUCCUGGGCUUCGAUCUGUCAGGUCUUCGUAAAAAAAACCAUGUUAAUGAAACGGAAAUCAUUGCAGGAGGCAGAACAUGGAUACUCAAGUGGGAAUGGAUGUAUAAGAUGGUUGAUACCGAUGCAUUGCGCCUGAUGGGCAGGCCAGUAGAAGCUGAAGCAGCUAGUGUACAAUAA